AUGACUGGCAGCCAGUGCGAAGCCGACGGACGCGGCGGCAAGCGCGGCCCGAGGAGCGGCGACGCGACGGCGGACAAGACCGGCGCCACAGCGACGAUUCAAGGCGGCCACCAAACAGGGCGCUGCUCGCCUUCAAACGGGGCGACUGAGGACCGCUGCUUCCGGUGCCUUGCCCCCAACCACCUCGCCUCGGCUUGCCGCGACCCCGUCCGCUGCUUCCGGUGCCGUCGCUUCGGGCAUAGGAAACGCGAGUGCAGGGCGCCACGGCCACAACUUCAUCUGAGGCCCGACGCUCACAAGUCUCCUUGCCCGCCGCCGCCACCUCCAUAG